AUGUAUGACGUCGAUUAUGCAGUAAAGGUGACAACACAGAUGACCAAAUACUACAGACAGUUAUGUGUGGAGGAUAUUAAUGUAGGCAAUAACGGGAUCGUUGAAAUAGAAGUCGGCACGUUAGAAACAUUUGACGAUUUUAGUUGCUUGAGACGUUUAACUAUAUCAGAGAACAACUUUAUGUUCACCUCCCCCCGCUUUGCACUUAGCGUGUUACAGUUUUUUGCAAAAAGCAUCAACCUAGAACAGCUAGAUUAUUCAUACGUAGCUAUUAAAUUUGCAAUGAAUCAAAAUACAGACAGGAAUAGUCUACAAACCCAGAAAAAACAGUCGUCAUUUCGGUGCGUGAUGCCUUUCAAAGUUGGACGACAUAUGCGGUAUGUACGAAUGACCCAUCUACUCUACCCUGUUGCUCUUGAUUGUGAUCUCGAUAUGUCUACUUGUCCUGUGUUGAAAUUGCUAGAUAUAUCAGAAACAACGAUUUUAAGUGAGGACUUUCGCAUUAAAGGAGUCCGUGUUGAGUACAUGAACGUUUCCGGUAUGGAUUUCGGAACAACUGGACGAAUGCUUCUAGGAAAUCUGAAAUGGGUUCAUCGACUAGUUAUUCAGAAUGCCAACUUAGACCGUGCCUUCAGCAACAAGAAUUACGUCUUCAAAGACAUUAAACACGUAGACGAAGUCGAUAUGUCAUUGAACCAUUUAUCUACAUUGGACGAGGAAAGUGUUCAGGGCCUGAAGGGGGUGAACAAUGUCGUCUUAUCGUGGAACUUUUUCAGUGAUUUUCCCGAGGGUUUGUACAGUUUGAAAAAUCUCAUAGACCUUAGGCACAACCAGCUAACAUAUCUCAGGGAGAAGGCACGAAAAUGGUUGGAAAGGAUGAAUUCUCGGCCCGAACAGAGAAUCAGAAUUUUAAUGAAUGGAAAUCGAUUUGCGUGCACGUGUGAAACACUGGAUUUUGUUUUCUGGAUUUGUGACACUAAUGUGAUGCUUGAUUACCACAACAACUACACUUGUACUCUACCAAAUGGUUCGGUUGUUAUGCUUUGUCACGUCAAUCAAAACUAUCCGUUGUAUUUAGGCAACUGUAAUAAAGAGUCUUUCUGGAUCGUGUUCGCAAUUUCUGGGAUAAGUAUUUUGUUGCUGUUACUUGUGGCAUCGUCAUUUGCUUUCAAAUUUAGAUGGAAGAUUCAGUAUUUCUUCUGGAGGAAGUUAAAAAGUACACCAGCAGUUGUUACUGAUAUCAGACAUUAUACCUAUAAAUCCUUUAUAAUAUAUUCCGAGGAGGAUUGCUGGAGUCAUAACUCCUUUCUACCAAAACUUGAACAGCUUGAAAAAGAAGACGGCAUUCGGUGUUGCGUUCAGGAAAGAGACAUCAUAGCUGGUGAGAACGAAAUAAAAUGUCUCACUGAGUUACUCCUAGACAGUGCGAAAUUCAUGCUGGUACUGACUAAAGAUUUUAUUGACACUAAAUGGUGUGAAUUUGUGUUGGAUAUUUGCCUGAGGGAACGUAUGGAAAGGAGGAAUAAUGGCUGUCUGGUAAUGAUAUUUAAAGAUAUAGACCCCCGAUGUGCUCCCGAAUUCAUUACAAACGCAUACAAACACUGUAAAUCCAUUACUUACCCAGAGGAGGAAAACGACGAAGAAGGUUUCUGGUAUGAGAUACGCCAAACACUCUUACAUUAA